AUGAAAUUAGGAUAUAAUGAAAUAAUGAUAGUAUCAAUGUAUUUUAAUGAAAUUAAAGAUUUUAUUAAUUUAGAAAUGGGUGUUAAAAGAUUUAGAGGAAAUAUGGAACGAUUUCAUUUUAAUCCAAUUCCUUUAAAUCAUUAUUCAAGAAAGUUCUUUACUAAUAUUGAAACAUUUCAUAUUUAUAAUAGAGGUGAUGAAAUAUUUAAAGAUGGAAAAAUAUUUAAAAAAGUAAUAUGGUAUCAAGUAUAUUAUUCAACAUAUUUACAAGAGAAAGAACAAGGAAAUAUCUAUAAAAAUAUAGAAUAUACAGAAGAAGAUAGAAAGAAAUAUGGAAAUACAAUACCAUCAGAAGUUAAAUCACUUGGAAAGGAAUGUUUUAAAUAUUGUAAAGAAUUAACAUCAAUUACUAUACCAGCAUCUGUUAGUAAAAUAGGAAAUAAAUGUUUUUAUUAUUGUACAUCAUUAAAAUCAAUUAAUAUACCAUCAUCAAUUAAUGAAUUAGGAUAUGAGUGUUUUGAUAGACAUUGGUCAUUAACAUCAAUUAAUAUAGAAAAUCUACAAUUUAUUAGUAAAGAAAGAAUAUUUAUAAAUGAACCACUGUUAUUUAGUAUUAAAAUACCAAAAACUCUACAAAUAAUCAAUGGAAAGAAUAUUGAAAAGAAAGACAUUAAUGAAUUUAUUAUUCCAUCUUCAAUUACUAAAUUAGGAGAUGAUUGUUUUUCUGAAUGUACAUCAUUAAAAUCUAUUACUAUACCAUCAUCAAUUAAUGAAAUACCAAAUAGAUGUUUUAAAGGAUGUUCAUCAUUAAAAUCAAUUAUUAUACUAACAUCAAUUACAUCAUUCGGGUAUGGAUGUUUUUAUGAAUGUGGAUGUGAAGAAGAACUAAAGAUGAAUGAUGCAAUACCAGAAUGUUGCUUUGAUAAACGGUUUUUUAGAAGAAAUAAAAAAACAAGAUAA